AUGGUGAAAGCAGUCGCAAAAAGGUCGAGGCAGCAGUCUGCUCUCUCGGACGACGAGGAUGUUGAUAUCGCCGGCAACAUUGCACUGGACAGCAGUGAUAGUAGCUCUAGCUCAGACAACGAUGACGAUGGAUCUGAAGAUGAAGCAGGCGACGUACAAGAUAUUAUAGAGUUCAGCGAUGAAGAUGAGGAGGAAGCGCGCGCCAAAGCGGCACCCCAGAAGAAGAAGAAAAAUGCUCACGAAGGUGGGUUCCCAGCCUUGGAGCUGUCAGACAACGAGGACCACGAUGAUGGCAAAGAUGGUGCCGAUGACGUUACAGAGUACUUUUCUACAAAUAAUCCUGAGGCAGCUAAACAUAAGAAGGGUUCUUUCGCAAGCUUCGGCCUUUCUAAGUUUAUCGUCUCCAAUAUAGCCAAGAAAGGCUUCCGCCAGCCCACCCCGAUUCAACGUAAGACCAUUCCGCUUAUUUUGCAGAAGAGAGAUAUCGUCGGGAUGGCCAGAACUGGUUCUGGUAAGACUGCAGCAUUUGUAUUGCCCAUGAUUGAGAAGCUGAAGGGCCAUUCAGCCAAGAUUGGGGCCAGAGCUGUUAUCCUUUCGCCUUCCAGAGAGCUGGCCAUGCAGACUCACAAGGUCUUCCGUGAGUUUUCACGCGGAUCGGACUUGCGGAGUGUUCUUUUGACUGGUGGUGAGUCUUUGGAGGAGCAGUUUGGUCUCAUGAUGUCGAACCCUGAUGUCGUGAUAGCUACACCUGGUCGUUUUCUCCAUCUUAAGGUGGAAAUGAACCUUGAUCUCAAGUCUGUGGAAUAUCUUGUUUUCGAUGAAGCUGAUAGGCUGUUUGAAAUGGGUUUUGAAGAGCAGCUGAGCGAAUUGUUAGCUGCUCUUCCCGUGGCUAGGCAAACCCUUCUGUUUUCUGCCACGUUGCCAAGCUCUCUGGUAAACUUUGCCAAGGCCGGGCUAACGAAUCCUGUGCUGGUGAGAUUAGACGCUGAAACAAAAGUGUCAGAGAACUUGGAAAUGCUGUUUUUAUCAUCCAAGAAUGAAGAAAGAGAAGCAAACCUUCUGUAUCUUCUUCAAGAAGCAAUGAAAAUUCCAGUGGCUACAGAAGAGCAGCUCCUAGAAUACAAAGCAAAGGUCAAGAAUAGCUAUGACAGUGAUGACAGCGAUGAGGAUGCUAAGGCUAAGGCUAAGAAACAGAGAAAAUCUGCAAUCCGCAAGAAACUUCCCUCCGCCAACGAGCUUCCAUCAGAGCAUGCCACAAUUGUUUUUGUGCCCACAAGGCAUCACGUUGAGUACAUCUCCCAGCUCUUGAAAGACUGCGGCUACUUGGUAUCCUACCUAUAUGGUACGCUAGAUCAGCAUGCUCGUCGUCAGCAGCUUUUUAACUUCCGGGCAGGUCUCACCACCAUAUUGGUGGUUACGGAUGUCGCAGCCAGAGGUGUGGAUAUUCCUUUGCUUGCAAAUGUGGUCAACUAUUCACUUCCUGCGUCCUCUAAGAUUUUCGUUCACCGUGUUGGUAGAACUGCAAGAGCAGGUAACAAGGGUUUUGCUUACUCAAUUGUUUCCGAGAAUGAACUACCAUAUCUGCUGGACUUGGAGCUGUUUUUGGGGAAAAAGAUCCUGCUAACACCAAUGUUUGAGGCAACAACUGAACUGCUCAAGUCAAAGUGGAUUGCUGAGGGGAACUCAGAGCUGACUUUCAAUCCUCCUAAGGUCUCUUACACUAACCGGAUGGUUUUAGGGGCUUGCCCAAGACUCGACUUAGAGACCUGUGGAGAUCUUUUCAAGAAUUUGACACAGUCCAGUUUCGACUUACAGCAACUGAAGGGCGUGGCCGCUAAAGCCGAGAAGCUGUAUUUCCGCACCCGGCCACCUGCUUCAUCCCAAUCAAUGAAGAGGUCUAAGGAAGUCAUUGCUUCCGGCUGGGAUGAGCAAAACUUAAGAUUUGGCAAAAAUAUCGAGAAAGAGAAACUUGACUUCCUUGCCAAGCUUCAGAAUAGAAAUAACAAAGAAACUGUCUUUGAAUUUGCUAGAAACCAAGACGAUGAGAUGUCAUUACUAAUGAAGAAACGGCGGAUUCAAAUUGCGCCUAUUCAACGCCGGGCGAAGGAGAGAAAGGAACUUCUAGAAAAGGAAAGAAUGGCCGGCUUGAGGCAUACAGUUGAAGAUGAGAUUUUGAAGGGUGACGAGAACGAGGUUGGUUAUUCUGUUCCUGAAGAAGUCUUGCACCGUGAGUUUCAAGAUGCAGACGAAUUAUUGGGCGCACAAAGUAAAAGUAAGAGGCCAAAAUCCUUUAGGGAUCCCGCAUUUUUCUUGUCGCACUACGCUCCUGCUAGCGAGAUUCAAGAUAAACAGUUGGAGGUCACAAACGGUUUCACCAAUGAAGCUGCGAACGCGACGUUCGAUUUGCACAAUGAUGACAAGGUUCAAAACCACAAGCAAGUUGCAACCACCAAGUGGGACAAGAAGAGACAGAAGUACGUCAACACUCAAGGCCUUGACAACAAAAAGUACAUCAUGGGAGAGAGCGGCCACAAAAUACCUGCAAGCUUCCGAUCUGGUAAGUUUGACGAGUGGUCUAAAGCCAGGAAGCUUGGGCCACUCAAGGUGGGUGCUAAGGAGUCAAGUACCACUGCUAAGAUGCUAAGCAACCCAACCGCGGAAGGACAGCGCUCAAUCGGAGGAAGAUUCAAACAUAAUAAGGUCAGAGCUCCUAAGCUACCAGAUAAGCACAGAGAUGACUACCAUGUCCAAAAGAAGAAGGUUGAAAAGGCUGUCAGUAGCGGCAUCCCGGUGAAGGGUUACAACGCCCCAGGUAUGAAGAGUGAAAUGAGAUCCACCCAACAAAUCUACAAGGAGAGAGUUGCUAAAGAAAAAAAGCGCGCUAAAAAUGCUCGCCCAGCUAAAAAGAGAAAGUUUUAA